ACUUCCUGCUUCUCUCCGAACCAGGAAAUAAACAGUCGGUGGCUGGGGCUGGUUUAAUUAACAGACGGUGUAAGGGCCUUUUAAAACAUCAUCGAAUCAUAGCUAUUUGGCCAAGUUAUCGCCAGUCACCAUGGCCGGCUUCUUCAAGAAAAAGACAGUGGAUGAUGUGAUAAAGGAGCAGACCAAAGAGCUGAGAGGAACCCAGAGACAGAUCACCAGAGACAGAUCUUCCCUGGAGAAACAGGAAAAACAACUGGAAAUGGAGAUCAAGAAGAUGGCUAAGACCGGGAACAAGGAGGCGUGUACCAUCCUGGCCAAGCAGCUGGUUCAGCUGAGGAGACAGAAGAACAGGACCUACGCCGUCAGUUCAAAGGUCACCUCCAUGUCCUCUCAGACCAAACUCAUGAACUCACAGAUGAAGAUGGCAGGGGCCAUGGCUACCACUACCAAGACUAUGCAGGCUGUCAACAAGACGAUGGACCCUCAGAAGAUGCACCAGACCAUGCAGAACUUCCAGAAGGAGAACAUGAAGAUGGAGAUGUCAGAGGAGAUGAUUAACGACACGCUGGAUGAGAUCUUUGACGAGUCAGGAGACGAGGAGGAGUCUGAUAGCAUCGUCAACCAGGUUCUGGACGAGAUCGGCAUCGAGAUAUCAGGAAAGAUGGUGAGUGCUCCUUCAACCAGCAGAAACAACCCCAGCGCUUCUACCUCCAAAUCAGACAGCAUCUCAGACGCAGACAUCGAACGACAGCUCAAAGCCUUGGGAGUGGACUAACACACUCACACACACUCACACACACACACACACACACACCCUGUGCCUGGACACACACUCACACACACUCACACACACACCCUGCUCAGUCUCUGACUUCUCUAGUGACACUAUGAUAGAUAGAUAGAUAGAUAUAGUCUAUGUGACUUCAUGUAGUUCUGGUUGUACUGCUGGGUAUUGGGCCUUUGCAGUGACCAAAGGAGGAGAGUGAGUUUGAAUAACGGGGCCACGUUCAGUAGCCAAACGUUGCAGAUUAGAAAUGUCACCAAUAGAUCCGACGUGAUUCCUUAUUCUACAUGUCAGAGAGGCAUGUUUGUUCUAUACGUCAUAUUCCUAUCUGAACGUUCCAAAACGUUGCAUCCUGCUGAACGCACCCCCAGGUUUUCCACCUGUGUGGAGUUUAGAACAGGGGAGGUAAAGGGGAAAGUUCUAGUUCAAGGUCAGUGCUGCAGAAGGUCGCGUGAUUUAUCAAGUUUUAAUAACAGCCUUUUUUCUUUCUUUUUUAAGGAACAGGAAAAUUGAAUUUUUGCAUGCAUAAUUAUUACACUCCUUGAAAAAGUCAUAUAUUUUCAUUUUGGAAUGAAUGAACAGUAGAAUCGUAAACUGCCUUUCACCCUCCUGAAAACCAACUUUAGGAUUAGUCCAUUUUUCAUCCUCCCACUUAGCCCCACCUCUCUGUCCCUUAGCCCCACCUCUCUCUGUCCCUCCCACUUAGCCCCACCUCUCUCUCUCCCUCCCACUUAGCCCCACCUCUCUCUGUC